GGCCUUGUUGUCGUUCCUGCUGCCCUGCGCGGUGCAGGGAAAAUGAUACAAAAAAAGCAGGAAUCCAUGGGGCCUUCCUCAUAUAUAUAUAUUUAAACAAGUCUCUCUAACUUAAUGUCGUGAUGCAUUUUCCUUUCUUAAUUGCAACAAUCAGUUUGUGAAUGUUUGGAGAAAGCCUCUCCAACAGUCAUAAAUGGGAAUUAUUGUUUUUUCUGAUCAUUGUAAGCAAUAUUUUUGUUUGAAAAUCGGUGUGUUUCUGAGUGCGCGCGCAUUUGUAAAUGUGUGGGGACACGGAGAGAGAGCUAUUACACACCAGAAUGACAGCAGGGGGAAGAGGAGGAGAAAAAGAAAGAGGAGGAGGAGGGAGAGAGGUGCCAUGUGCUUCCUGUCUACAAGCCAUUCAGCUCCCCGAGCUCCGACAGGAUGGAGGUCCUGCACGCUGCUGCUUCCUGCUCCAACAUCCACUAAACUCCACUUUUUGGGGGAUCAAAUAUCUCACAUUUUGGCCUAAUUCUCUCCGUUUUUUUUUUUUUUACUCUACACACCUGGCUUGAGUGUGUCUCCUCAUCCUCAAGAUAGAGGCUUCCAGGGAUGGAGUCGAUGCCCGGACAUCUUCGAGACGCGGGACGAGACGCCAGCUCCUCCCCAGGUUUAAAGCAGGACGCACAGAGUUUCUCCAGCCCCAGCUCCCUCAAACCAAACCAAGUGAGUGAGACCUCCCUGUACGGCGUGCCCAUCGUCUCCCUCGUCAUCGACGGCAAGGAGAGGCUGUGUCUGGCCCAAAUUUCGAACACGCUGCUGAAAAACUACAGCUACAACGAGAUCCACAACCGCCGCGUGGCCCUGGGCAUCACCUGCGUGCAGUGCACCCCCGUCCAGCUGGAGCUCCUGCGGCGCGCGGGGGCCAUGCCCAUCUCCUCCCGGCGCUGCGGCAUGAUCACCAAGCGAGAGGCCGAGAGACUCUGCAAGUCCUUCCUGGGAGCGCACAGCCCCCCGAAACUGCCGGAAAAUUUCGCGUUCGAUGUCUCCCACGAGUGCGCGUGGGGCUGCAGAGGAAGUUUCAUCCCGGCCAGAUACAACAGCUCCAGAGCCAAGUGCAUCAAGUGCAGCUUUUGCAGCAUGUAUUUCUCUCCAAAUAAAUUCAUCUUUCACUCUCAUCGCACCCCAGAGUCCAAGUAUCUGCAACCGGACGCGGCCAACUUCAACUCGUGGAGGCGUCACCUGAAACUGACGGAGAAAGUCCCGUCCGAUGAUGUUAACCACGCGUGGGAGGAUGUAAAGGCCAUGUUCAAUGGGGGCAGCAGAAAGAGGACUCUGCCCAUGAACGGGUCGGGGAUGUCCUCGCCUCUAAAGUCCCAGGCCUCUUCCAGCCUGGGGCAAACCAGCUCUCCCGAGAUCCCUCACAAAACUUUACGGGCCGACCAGGAUCAGGGUGGCAGUAACUUAAAUUUGGGGAGCGGCGCCCGGAGCUAUCCAGUCAUCCCAGUCCCCAGCAAAAGCUUUGGCAUGCUCCAGAAAAUCCCCCCGCCCCUGUUCCCCCACCACCCAUAUGGAUUCCCCAGCUAUGGGCUCUGUCAGAAAAAGAGCGACGGGGUGCCGGACGCGACCAAAACCAACGUCCCCAGCGUCUUCUGGCCGGGCGCGAAGGACACCCUCUACCCCGCCUUCCCCAUGUUUUGGCCAGCCGCUGGCGGCCUCCCCAUGCCGCCCUACCCGGGCUCCCCUCCCAAGCCUCACCUGGAGCUGCCCGGCGUCCGGCAGGGCGAGCUGGACGCGUCAGACCAAAGUAGCGCAAACACACCAAAAGAUCUGAACCAGCACCCUCUCCAUCAGCGGGACGGGGGCGAGCGCAGUCCCGGCUCCUCCUCCUCCACCCGGAAUGAGGAGGACAGGUCCGGGGAUGAGGCCUCCCAGCGGAAAAUCAGCUACAUCUCCGCGUUCAGGCCCGUCGUCAAAGACGUGGAGACCAUCGCCAAACUGUACGGGAGCCGGGAGAGCUACGGCGCGCGCCCAGGCUACCUGUCCCCGGACUUCAUCAGCGAGAGCUCCAGCUACAGAUCGAUAUCCCCGGACAGGGACAGCGUGGCGGACGACGACGACGAGGACGAGGUGGACGUGGAGUCCAACCGAGGUCCGGACGAUGAAGAUCCGAUCCGGAUCUCGCCCGGCGGGGAACCCCGUGACUCCCCCGCGGCAGAGCAGAUCUCCUGCAGCGCGGAGGAGAGUUGUGAGCAGCCAGAUGCUCCGAGCCCGGGGGCACGCGCAGCAUCACCGGAGGACCCCGGUCACACCAGGUCACCAGACGGGGACAGACCGGCGCGCAGCAGCACCCCUCCUCAUGAAGUGUAUGAAAAGGACAGUCACGUGAUCUCUUCUUAUGGCUCCAAACAAUCAAACAGCCCCCGCAGACCCAGCGCUGUUCAUCUUCACAUGUCUGAGUUCCAAAAUCAGCGCAUCGCAGCCUCGAUUCAGGAGCCAAAGGACAGACAAGGAGGAGCUUUGCGCAUCGACAUCAGCGUGCGUGAAAGAGAUUUAGAGAGCAUGGCGAAAGAGGAGCUGCAGAAGCAGCUGGUGGAGCAGGUGGAGCUCAGGAAGAAGCUGGAGAGGGAAUUUCAGCAUUUAAAAGGUAUGAGAAAAAAUAAUUUUCAGGAUCAAAUGAAGCGUGAGCUGUCCUACAGAGAGGAGAUGGUCCAGCAGCUGCAGAUUGUUCGAGGUUGGUCUCGCUCCGUCUCUGUAUGCAGAUCAAUGCUGUUUAUAGGGAGAAACAAAUAUUACGAUAUAACAAUCAGCCUUAAAAGCACAAAAAUGAAAAGUGACACUCUGCAUAGUGAUGUUGGUAAUUUAAGUUCAGGUUUUUUUCACAGCAAAAAUCCACAUUUCUUCUUCUGCAGUUUUAUUAUAUCCACAGAUAUCAAGAGAUGUAAGCCAAACCACAUUGUUUUGUUUGCAAAGGUUCUUUGCUCCUAAAUCAUGCUCUGGAAAAUUGAAUGGACAGACCAUUAUGUAGUGUUGGAUCAGUUACAUGUAGUAGACAUCAACUAAUGCCGCCCGCUAAAGGAUUGGUUUAGUGUUACACUUGUUUAAAUACAGGGUUCAAGUACACAGAGGGGUCACUCUAAAUACCAUGGGGGCAGCCAACAUGCAUUACACUUUUCUUCUGUUGGGUUUGGCUUUUUUUAUCAAUUUACAUUACUUAUUUCCUUUUUUUUAUGUAAACUCUAUUUUAUUUACUUUAUUUUUCAGUAUAGCUAAAAAAAAUAAGAGGAUAAAC